AUGUAACUCUUUGCUCUUUAAAUCUGGCUCUGCAGUAACAUUGACGUCACUUCUCCGCCCCAUGUGAAGAGAAACUUGGUUUUAUUAGAGCCGAAAAAUGAUUAUUAAGGAAUUCCGUGUUAUUUUACCAAUCACUGUUGAAGAAUAUCAAGUCGGCCAGUUGUACUCAGUUGCAGAAGCCAGCAAAAAUGAAACUGGUGGUGGAGAAGGUAUAGAGGUGCUCAAAAAUGAACCAUUUGAAAAUGUUCCACUUUUAGGGGGAAGGUUUAACAAGGGCCAGUACACUUAUAAGAUCUAUCAUUUAGCUAGGUAUAAUUGCAUUUUAUAAUUUAUAUAUAUUGUAGUAUGUAUAAAUAGCAUAUAAAUAUUUGUUACUUUAUUACAGUUUAAAUAAUUAUUCUGAUUUAAAGUUUUUUCAGUGAUUAUCCGUCAUCUUGCUCAAAUAUCAUGAUCUUGUUGGCAGCAUUGGAGAGCACUUGUACAGGCCCGAUUCUACUGGGGGGCAAGAUGAUCCUGUGGGUGGUCAAAUUUAAGGGUGACGAAAUGAUUAUCAAACAUAGUAUUUUUCUGUAAUAAAUGGUAGCCAAUUUGAAUUUACAUGUGGACAACGGGUGGUCUAGGAUCGGUACUGCACUCGUGAAUGCACUGCUGACUAAUAUUUUGCUAAGCUAAUGCAUGAAAAGCAACAGCCAUUUUCAAAACGGCAUUAUCCUAAGAAUUCCAUGCAAGAGCAGUCAAACAGUAAAAUUAAAAAGGUUGAGAAACAUCAGUUAUAAAAAAUAUCUUUUUCCAGAAGUCCUUCUUUUGUAUACUUUUGUUCUUCCCAUGUACAAAGCUGUAAAGUCAGAGGUUUGCACAAGCUUGGUGUCAUAGAACUUCAGCACUCCACACUAGCCAAACAGACAUAUGCUGCACACAUACAUGUGUGUCUGUUUUUGCACUAUUGUUCACCCUGUUUACACAGUAAUUUAUCUUUGCUUUUAAAAAAAAAAAAAAGAAGAAGAAGAAGAAGAACUGCAUAAACUUGAUAUUGUACAACUUUGGCAUUGCACUAGCCAAAACAGACAUGAUGCAUGCAUAUCUAGGUGCCAUGUCAAAUUGUGCCAUGUGAUUUGCUAUUGUCGUGGGUUGCCACAUAACUUCAGACAACAUACUGCUUUGCCUCAAUAUUUUUUUACCUUUUUUAAGCAACAUUUAAACAUUUUCUUUUUUAAAAUUAAGAUAACAUGUACAAAACUCCUUGUGUUCCUUGAAGUAUUCCAUGAAGCUUACAGAUGUAAGUAAAUAACUCAUAGUACAAGGAGAUACAGUUCAACAAUAAAAACAUAAAAUCUAGGUCUGGCGAGAGCAGAGAAAAAUAUAAAAGACAAAUAUUAUUAUAAUAAAAAUACUAAAAUAUACCAUGAAUAAUUAAACUGUGUUAAUACUUCUAUGAAAGGAAAUAAACCAACUUAAUACAACAAUAAUAAAAAUAAAAUUGAUACUUAAAAAUAAUACUGAUACAAAGCAAAAAUGAUACAUUAACAUACAGUACAUCACUACAUAAUGUUAUCAUACAUGGACAAUACACAAUAUAAUGACACAUAAAAUAUAAAAAUCCAAUCAUAUAAAUAAUAAUACUAAAAAUUCAAACAAAAAAUAAAGUUGUGCAAGACUGCAAAGCUUCAGAGCUCCUAAUAAGAUCAUAGAAAACAGGAGGCCAGCUAAAAGAAAGCUGCCCUAAACUCACAAAUGCAUUUUUGGCACUUGCAUGUAACCUACAAUGCAA